UAUAGGGAGCAAAAGGGAGGGAAAGGAACAGAUGGACUUGUGGGGAUUAGAGGGAAAUCUGGGUGGGUUUCUGACAGAAACUCACCCAAGACGGAGGAGGGAGUGACGAGGGAGAACACAGGAAAGGUGAAGAAAACCGAAUCUCUGCUCGAGGAGAAGUGAAGGAAGCACAGGGAAGGUGGUCGUCCGUACAAAGACAGAGAUGAGAGUCAGUGGGCAUUAAUCUCAUCCACCUAACCCUGCAAGAUUAACACAGAUUAGCAGGUCCAGAGGUAGGCCUCAGAUAAAGGACUAAUCGCCCCUUUGCGAGCUCAAUCCUCUCCCAGAGAGGUGGGGAACAGGUUGAGGAACGGGAUGUGCCCUGAGAGCGGGACUGAUUAGUUUCAAAAUCCGCAUGAUAAGAUUUAGACGUUUAUCUUCGCCCAAGAGGGAAGCAGCAGAAUCAGAAGAACCGAGAAGGAAACGAGACGUGAUGGCGGUGGAGACAUGGGACAGUGCGGCAGCUCGGUGAGAGGAAAUGCGGUGAGCCAAACGCCCUGCUUGGCUCGUGCUGUGACCACAAGAAGAAAGGAAGUUUGAAUCUGAUGAACUACUUUUUUUUCUGCAGAGGAGUCCAACCUCUGGCCUGCACAUCUGUCUCCUGUCUUACUCACUGAAAGUGAUUAAAUCCCUCAUCUUUCUCCACUCUGCUGUCCUCUGACCUCCGCCCGCUGACUGGUCUCCUUCCUCGAACCCCUCCCUCCCUCCUGCAUCUCUCCACCCAGCCCUCUUUUCAGAUUCCCCUCUGGCCUUUGUUCCACUUCUCAUACAUCCCUAAUCCCUGCUCUCUCUCUCUCGCUUUCUUCCAUUCUACCAUCCUCCAUGAAUCAAUCACCACAGCAACCCGCCACACCCAACUCAGCGGAUUCCCAUCUGGACUUUUCACCGUGGUGUCACGGAAACCUCCUGGCUCCUAUGAUCCUCAUCCUGAUUGGUCAACAGAACCCGUCGGGCUGUUGGUGCCACUUUUGAAUCAGGUUGAAGCACGCUCUUUGGUCAUAACUGGUCUCAUUUCUCUCUGGGUUUCUUUGAGUCGACAAGCAGCCAUGCUGGAGAACAUGUCCAGACGCAAUCGUUCCCUGCUGUCCCUUUCCCUCACCUCAUUGGCCCUAACGCUGUCCGUCUCGGCUUUCUGCACCUCCUAUUGGUGUGAGGGAACACACAAAGUGGUGAAGCCUCUCUGCCUGUCACCCGUCAAGAUGAAGAACUGCGGCCAGAACAACAGCCAGCCGUACACCACAGAGGCCCCCACCCCGGACCCGAGGAACCCGGUGUCCAACGUGACGCUCUCUCCUCUGCAGAAGGAGGAGCUGGCCAGGAUAAAGAGGAAGCAGCUGGCCAACGCCGUCCACUACAUCUGGGAGACGGGCGAAGACAAGUACAUGCUGCGUUACUUCCACACCGGCUUCUGGCUGUCCUGUGAGAAGCACAACGAAGGUAAUGAUCAGGAAGAAAAGUGUCGCAGUUUCAUCGAACUGACUCCAGGAGAGACACAAGGUGUCCUCUGGCUUUCGGUCAUCAGUGAGUUCAUGUACAUCGGUCUUCUGGCCAUGGGCUUCCUGCUGAUGUGUGUGGAAGCGAUUUGUCUCUGUGCCAAGAGGGAGAUGAACGCCCUCAAGAUCAACGCCUUUGCUGCCAUGUGCACGGUCCUCUCAGGUAUGAUGGGGAUGGUAGCCCACAUGAUGUACACCACAGUGUUUCAGAUGACUGUGAGCAUCGGGCCCAAAGACUGGAGACCACAGACGUGGGACUAUGGAUGGUCUUUUGCCAUGGCGUGGCUGUCGUUCAGCUGCUGCAUGGCAGCCGCCGUGGCCACCCUCAACUCCUACACCAAGACCAUCAUCGAAAUGAAGCACCGGGCCCGGGUGAGGCUGGAGGAGAUCCGCGCUGCUGCCCGCGCCCCCUCCUAUGAGGAGGUCGUCCGCGCUGGUGGUGGAGGUGUUUACUCUGUCAGUCAGCUGAUUCAGCUUGGCCAACAGGGGGCGCUCAUGGACCCUCUGUGGCCCAGAGGAGUGGGACCAGCUGUCGGACAUUUGGCGUGUGGCGCUGGGGGAGCUCUUCUUGUUGGCGGGGGAAGUAUUGGAGUUGGAGGGAUGGGUGCUGUGGGCAUGGGAAUGGGAGGAGUUGGAAUGGGAGGAAUAGGAGCAGGAGCAGUUGGUGUUGGAGGAAAUGGAGUUGGAAUGGGAAUGGGAGCAGCAGGAGGAGUUGGGGGAAUCGGCAUAGGAGGGAGUGGAAAUGUAAUAGGAGGAUUGGGAAUGGGAGCAGCAGGAGGAGUUGGGGGAAUCGGCAUAGGAGGGAGUGGAAAUGUAAUAGGAGGAUUGGGAAUGGGAGCAGCAGGAGGAGUUGGGGGAAUGGGUUUUGGGACAGUGGGAACACUGGGCGGAGUGGGAGGAGCUGGAGUGGGAGGGGGGAGGCUGGUAGACCAUCACGGUGUGGUUAUCGUGGAGGGAUGUGGCACUGAGGGAUGUGAAGACUGUGAACGGGAGAUGGACGAGAUAGAUUACACUCUGCAGGAGGAGAGAGAGGACUCACUCUGCUGAGACUUUGGAGGUCGGAGAACAAACAUCUUAGCAGGAUUGACUCUACUCUUCGUAUUUGAUCCGAUGCAUUCCAGGACCUGAACACAUACCUUCAAAAACCUCUACUGUUUUUUUUGUAUAUGCCGUUUCCAGCAGCAAUUGUAGCAUCUCUAUGCUGUUUUCAAGCUGUGUCAUUUGCCUGCUUGGGGACAGAAAGAUGCACAGCUCCAACACAGUGUUGGUUUACCACGGUGUUACAGCUAAAAGGUUAGCAGAGAAUCACCUUCUUCCACCUCCAGCAGACACAAAACAUUCAUCAUCAUCCCACUGCAGUCGUGUUUCUGGCCAUCAGAUGAGUGUAAGUCCAACAAUCAGCGUCCUUUUAGCUCUGCUUUGGCUUCCACCAACAGAAAGACCUUCUGGUUCUCGUUGAUUCUGGUCUCUAUCAGUUAUGUUUAACAUGCAUAACAUAACAUGAACUGUUAAUGACUGUUUUUUUGCUAGCAUUUGGAUUGACCUGGAGGCUGAAUGCUGAAAAAAUGAUUGCUUCUUUUUCAGUGAAGCUGUAAUCCUAUAAUAUUUUUUAGUUAUGUUAAAAGGACAAUAAUGUGGCGAUGUCAGUGUGUGUCUACUAUGAUUUUAUAUUCUGUUGAAAUCCUGCCAAUACUCUGCUUGCAUUACUAUUACUGGCAUUUUCUUUUGUUACGAAGUUGUUAUAUGACAUCAAAUUUUGCAACAAACAGAUCAAAAAUUACCAAAAAUUUAAAA